AUGUCUUGGAAGACUGUGCUUCUUCUGCUGGUCUAUUACAAUGCUCAGGCAGCCGUGUCCCACAGGUGGAGCAGAGCCAUGCUCUUCCCUGCUGCCCACCGGCCAAAGAGGUCCUCAUCCAUGCCACUGAAUCCAGUCCUGCAGACCUCCCUGGAGGAGGUAGAACUGCUGUAUGAGUUCCUCCUCGCUGAACUCGAGAUCAGCCCAGACCUGGAGAUCUCCAUCAAGGAUGAGGAGCUCCACUCCUUGCGGAAGGCCUCUGACUUCCGCUCCAUCUGCAACGACGUGAUCCCCAAGCGCAUCCCAGAUAUCCGCCGGCUGAGUGCCAGCCUUGCCAGCUACCCUGGAGUCCUCAAAAAGGAAGAUUUUGAAAGGACAGCGCUGACCCUGGCCUAUGCAGCCUACCGCACAGCCCUGGCCCAAGGGCAUCAGAAGAAAGUCUGGGCCCAGGCCCUGCUUAGCCUCUUCCAGGCCUUGAGGCAUGACCUGAUGCAGUCUUUGGGCCCCGGAAGAUCACUUUGA